GGGUAGUCAAGUUGACGAUUAUGUCAUCGGCGCGUCGAUGUAAUUAUCACCAAUCCACUCUACGCGUCUCCCUCAAGCAUACACCAAAAGUUUAGACAUAGUAAAGAUGUCGUACUACGACAUUGACGCCAUCCUCACGGAUGCAGAGAAAGUCCCAUGCCACUUCGAAAUCGACGUUCGUGACCUCGGCCAUCUCGACAACUCUCCCCACGGCCUCAAAGCCCAAACACCCCUAACCCUCCCCCUCUGGCUCGCCGAAAUGCUCGCCCUCGCCUCAACACCCAACUCCUCGGCGCCCCUAACCCUCAACCUCCCACCAUGCCUCUCAACAACCGUUCUCGCCGCUCUAAAAGCAGAUCCCCGCGCCGUUCCCCUCCGCGACCAAAGUCCUCACUUCUACGGUGUCGGCGUUAAAAUGCUAGAGUUGUUCGAUGAGAAGGAGAUAGCGGAGGUUUUGAGAAAGACGUUUGUUGUGAGGGCGGGUGAGGUUGGUCUUCAUGCGAGAAAGGCGGAUGAGGCGGUGGGGGGGAAUGGGGAGGAGUUUUUGAGGGGACUGGAGGAGUGGGAGAGGGGGUUGUUUAGGAGAGGACAUGAGGGUGUCAAGGGAGCGAAGGAGUGGACUGAUAAGGUUAAGAAGACAUGAGUUGGAGGAUUUAAGAUACCCAUGAGAUGCCGUGAGGCACUACGCGUCUACGAACACAAAUACAAAGGCAUGAACCAUGAUCUUCAGUCAAGUCACAAGA